AUGGUGCCUAUGAGUCUGCGCAUCUUGGCGCCACCGACGUCCGAUACGAGUGAAGCUCCGUCGCUGGUCCUGCAGUGCGAUGCUCGAAAGUACAUGUUCAAUGUGGGAGAAGGAACGACGCGUGUAUCUGCUCAGCACCGCGCGUCAAACAUGCGCGUCGAUCACAUUUUUUUAACGCGUGUGGCGUCAGAAACCAUGGGCGGUAUCCCGGGGCUGCUCAUGACUCUGGCGGACGGCGGCCGCGGAUCGAUCGACAUCCACGCACCACCCAACCUGCUUUAUGCGCUGGCAGCUACCAGACUCUAUGCGCGGCGUGAUACCAUGGCCCUGAACGCGCAUGAAAUUGAGGUGCGAGAGCCGCAUGUCUGCUACCAAGACGAGUAUGUGCAGAUACACUCCGUGCCCCUUGUGCCGGCACAGCACCGCUCACUGUAUACCGACAUCGCGGAGAAAGGACCAGCACUGGACGUAAAGGCCCAGCUGUCGAGUCCGAAGGCGCUGCGUGGCUCGCAGGCCAAGGCCUGGUAUGAGUGUAUUCUACGAGAUGCAUGGACCAACAGCGAACGUACAUCGCCAGGCCCCGCGCGGUCUGCGUAUCUGCUGCCGCCACCGCCCGUGCCGUAUGCCCCGGAUGGCCCCGAGCCUGGGCGUCAGGCAGCCGUGUUGGCUUAUAUUUGUGCAGGACAUACCCAGCGUGGCAAGUUUGAUGCCGAGCAGGCGAUGGCCUUGGGCGUGCCACCAGGCAAAUCCUUUGCACGUCUUGCCAGGGGUGAGACGAUCACGAUAUCACGUCCCGUUGCAUGGGAGCAGAUGGACCAGGACGCACGCCAGGCGUGGCUUCGCGCGCAGCAGCGCAGGGAUCCCGGCCCAGCUCCUAUGCCUGUCGAGGACGUCCAGGUGGCGAGCCAGGAAGUCGUAGGAGCGUCGCGCGCAGGUCCCGUGUUCUUUUACUUGCACGUUCCGACGCCGGCGCAUGUGGAAGCGUUGGUGCAGUCAGACGCGUUUGCUCCGUACACGCACGGGGCGAAUCAGCAUCUGGCACCCGAGCAACGACGCACGCCUCAUGUGAUGUUGCACGCGGCUCCCCAGAGUGUUUGGGACGAUGAGCGGUACCGAUCCUGGCGGCAGAGGUUUGGGCCGGACUGCCACCACCUCCUUGCUAACAGAGACGUGUGUGCGGAUCAGCUCACGUACACGUCGAAUGCUGUGUCGCUGGAUCGACUCUCGGAGUUGGACGCACAGGUGUUUGCGGUGCCGGGCCAUGCCGAGGCCCGUGUGCAAGUAGCAGACGCGCUCCCAGUCUGGCCCAACAUGCACGUCUCGCUGCAGCCGCGCGGUGAGCCGUCGCAGUGGCAGUCCACGGCCCCUGCGCUCGAGGCCAGGGCAGCUCUUCCCUCCUGGGACGCUUAUUGCGACAUGGCGAAGCAGGUUCGAAGCAAGGCGCCGGUGCCGCCGCGCACGGCUGCAGCCGGCCUAGCAGACCAUCUCGUAUUUACGACGCUCGGCACUGGCAGUUCGGCGCCAUCCAAGUACCGCAACGUGUUGAGCACCUUGAUCGAGAUGCCGGGUGAUGGGUACGUGGUUCUUGAUGCAGGCGAGAGUACCUACUUUCAGCUGGCGCGCCGCUUUGGGCCGGGCAUGCAUGGCUGGGACGGCGCGGGUGUCGAUCGCAUCCUGCGCGACUUGCGGCUGUUGUUUGUGAGUCAUAUCCAUGGUGAUCACCACAUGGGUGUGGCGCGGCUCCUGCUGGAGCGCCGCAAGCUCCGGCCCACCGAGCCGCUGGUGCUUGUGGCCAACAACUAUACGCGGGUGUGCCUGGCCGAGUACGAUGCGUUGGAAGACCUUGGUCUGCGGGACAUGCAUGUCUUUGACAGUGCGUCGCUGGACUGGCAGCGGGGUGACAGGACGUGGGAGGCGGGAGCGCUAGCUCGACUCGAGCGUGUGUGUACGGCGCCUGUGUCGCACCGCAUGGGCCACUGCUACGGCAUCGUCUUGCAGCAUAAGCAUGGCUGGAAGGUGGUGUUUAGCGGCGACACGAUGCCAUGUGAGGCGCUUGUCCAGGCCGGUCAGGGCGCGACGGUGCUGAUUCAUGAGGCGACGAUGCAGGACGAUGAGGCCGCGCUCGCCGCUGCGAAAGGGCACAGCACGAUCGGACAGGCUUGCCAGGUGGCCCAGGACAUGCAUGCCGAGCACUUGUUGCUGACGCACUUUUCGCAACGAUACCCGAAGCUCGCCCGGAUCGGGGCCGUCGCGGGUGUGCCCAUGGGCAUCGCCUUCGAUAUGAUGCGCAUGACACCUGCACAGCUGCGCCGACUCGUCGCGGGCCACGGUGCCAUGGCGCUUCUCCUCGACACGGAGCACGAGUCAGACGACGAGGAAGCCAAGGCGCCCAGCCCCAAAAAGGCACGCCGCGUCCAUACGUCCAGCACGCAGUUUGCGCACCAGUACGUGCUUGUUUCGUUCACGGGCCAUGGCGAGGCGCCGCCUUCCGAGCUGUCGGUAAGCCAGGGCGUGCAAGAGGCACUCCAAGCCGCGCAUGGCGUCGUCGGCGGAGCGAUCCAUGUCGACGUGCUCUAUGCGGGGCCGCCUAGGGCGACGACCGGCAUAGGCGAGGCGGUGCUGCGCGUCGAUGCAGCGCACGUGGGUGUGUUGACGAGCGCGCUAUCGAGCGCGCAUGGUUCGGCGCUCGCGACGCUCACUGGACGGCAGCCGGGGCUGCGAGUGCGUCUGUCCAACGUCUCUCAUCAUCUGGGCGCCCUCGGCACGAACCAGAGUCGCGCGUGGACUAUGCAGCAACAAAACGACCUCUCUAUCUACACAAGUACAGUAUGA